AUGCCCCGAUCCGGAGGAGUCUUUGGCGGGAACUCGAAGCCGGUCCUGGAGAUCAAGCCGCAUUCGCCGUUCGUCGUCUUCUAUGGAGAGCCGUCCGAGUCACAAAAUGCCGAGCUCACGGGAAAGCUCGUCCUCACUAACCCGGAGUCAAUGUCCGUCAGGAGUAUCAAGAUGACCUUGUCAGGGAUGCGGAAAGUCUCAUGGAGCACGACCACCACCGUAACACCGCAGCCAAUUCUCUCCAAGCGCACUUUCCACCGGGAAGACCUCAAUCUGUUCCCCGCUGACGGUUCCAAGAAUAAGGCCCACAAGAUCAACGCUGGCGUGCAUGAGUGGGACUUCAAGUUCAAGAUGCCUAGUACACUAGAGGAGAGCGUUGAGGGAUUGGGAACCAAUUGGAUUGUGUACAACCUCAGUGCAACAGUGGACCGAGGCUACAUAAGCAAGCAGCUCUGCGCUACCCAGCACAUUCGAGUCAUCAGGACAUUGGGCCGCGAUCUCAUGGAGACCGUGCCCAUGGAACAGAUUAACGAGGACAUUUGGGCUUCCAAGUUGGCCUACAAGAUCACCGUGCCACAGAAAAAUUAUAUUGUUGGGACCACAGUAACGGCAGACUUCGUCCUGAUACCCCUGCGCAAAGGAGUGGAAAUAUCGACCAUCAAAAUGGAGCUCAUAGAGUCGCGGCAGCUAUUUUCGGACUACGCUGGACGCCGAAUAAGCCAUCAGCACGAUAUGGUCGUCGCCCAGGUUGAGGGUCAUAUGCCCCCUAACUCCGCACACAUAGUUCCGAGUGGUGUCGAAGAUGCCGACCAGCUGUUUGAUGAAUCACACCGAUUUUCAAUGAGUCUGGAUCUCCCCAAAUCGUUGAAAAAUUGCAGACAGUCUGUGGAUACCGAGUACAUUCGACUCUCCCAUAAGCUCCGACUGUACGUCAAUUUGCACAACCCAGAAGGACACACGAGUCAGCUCUUGGUCAAGAACCAUUUGCAUCUCUUUAUCUCGCCGAAUCUGCCGCCAAACGAAGAUCAGAGUGUUGUGGUUGAUCACAACAUUAUUGCUUCGGCAGCAAUGCGCGAUGAGGUCAAUCAGAACGCACCCCCAACGUACGGUCUGCACCAGCUAGACGAGCUCUACAACGACAUCGACCCCAGCGGUUUCAUGACUCCUGGUGCGCGCGGUAGCUUAGGAAACAGUGGUGCAAAUACACCAUUUUAUGCGCAUAGUCGAUCGGGUUCAGCAGAAGAUCUGGCUUCACUAGACGCCGUAGCACAUGAAAACGGCGAAGGUGCCUCAGCAACAGUGCUCCACUCUCGACUACACAACCUCAGCAUGAACGAAAGCAGUCGAUCCACACGGCUCGCUGCAAAUCGGCAUCACUCGUCCGGCGGAAGCACACCGCACAGCGGGACAGACGAAGCAUACCGCCACGCUCUAUCAUCCCAGAGUCAUUUUUCUAGUGCCGACGACUUCCAGCCUGAAUAUGACAUGGAAGCGUUAGCGCGGACCCCAUCUUACAACACUGCUGUACGGACUCCAGCUCGGACUCCCAUUUCAGAAGACUUGCCCACGUACGAGAUUGCAACCUCCAGGCCAUCAAGCCCGGCCAGGACUGCUAGAAGUGGACUGACGACUCCAUCACCAGCGCGAAGCCUAGACACCCUAACGGAAGAAACAGAGAGAAAUACGCAGAUGAACUCGAGGAGAGCAAGUCCGCGGCCGAGCCCACGGAUGAGUGACGAAGGAAGGUAA